AUGGGAUUUUUGCUUCUUACAUUGAUUGCUGUUGCCUUUUCCGCAAAGUACGGUGUCGAUCUUGCUGAGUCGAUUUCAGUGAGCUCCAUCCAAUGCCUUAGAAACUUAGGAUUCAACAGUUUCUUCAUUUUCCGUGCAUGGAGAAGUCUUGGCUCAUGGGAUCCAAAUGCUUACCAAAUCAACAUGAAUGCUGUCUCAGCCGGAUUUGAUCCAAAAGUCAUUGAUGCUUAUUUCUAUCCAUGCGUCUCCUGUGGAGAUGCUGCUGGUCAGGUCAGCAGUUUCUGGAGUAACGUCGUUUCAAAGGGCAUGAAAUUUGAAAGAGUCUGGUUUGAUAUUGAAGGCACCUGGACUGGAAGCUAUUCAAGCAAUAAGAACUUCUUCUUGGCUCUUAUUUCUCAACAACAAGCUAUUGGGUUCAAGGCUGGUAUUUACAGCAGCUACUAUCAAUGGGAAGAUAUCUUCUCCUUGUCUUACAACUGGAACGAAGCUUCAAGUUACCCACUUUGGUAUGCUCAUUAUGACUCAUCUGCUUCUUUCUCUGAUUUCAAGGCAUUCGGUGGAUGGUCUUCCCCAUACAUGAAACAAUACAACGGUGAUAUGACUGCCUGCUCACACGACGUCGAUUACAAUUACAGAGCUUAA